GUCACUAGAAAUAGAACUAGACUAUAGUUGUAUUUUAUAUGUUCUUCCCCGAAAAAGCCUAAACAAUUAGAUCUGCUAAUUAGGUGCAAAGCGUUUGAUUGAGCUUACAGCUAGUGCUUUGUUAAACAACACCUACUACGUCAUAAGGGUUUCAGUCUGACCACAGAGCACGAGAGCAAUGAUGUAUUAAUAUUUAUUAUAACUUAAAUUCAUGAACUGACUUGUUACAAAUAUGCUUAAUUAAACAGACUAAAAUAAGGAGUGAAGUAAUAAGGGUAAACUGCAUACAAAGUAGUAUUUGGCGUGUGCAGCUGAUAUUCCUCUUGAGGCUCUUAAAAGGUCUUCAGAAAAAUGGGUGCCCUUAACCCUGCAGAUCAACCUGUUACUAUAGCAAUGGCAGAAAUGCAUGUCUGGAUCACAACAGGGCAGAUGGGAAGAGAGGAGUCCGGCAUUUCAUCCCAUCAUUUGCAUAUUAGCUCCUUAGAGCCAAUGAGACGCGGCAAUACUCCAAAGGGACUGGCUGCGACAAUAGCCCUCCUACUCCUUCAUGCACUCGUCCACCCCCUCUCAGGGGCAAAACCCCGUAAUCCUGAAGGAAAUCGCCCCUCCGUUCAAACAAAUUCUGCUUGGAGAACUUAGUUAGUACGGCCAACUUGUGUUGAGCGUUAUGUUUGUGAGUUGUCAAUCUUUGCGUGUUUUGCUUGUAGGGGAUCAUUGUUGGAGUUGUGCAAUGAUGCUCAGCGCCCUUCAUGUCUCUUGAUUUUAGCUUGUCUUUGAAGUUUCCGUGGAAUGUAGUUAGUGCCCAGUUCACCGUUACAACUGGUGUCACUUCCAAUCUGAGCUGCAAUCUAGUAUUUGUCCUUGUUUUGGAUUUGAGUCAUUUCAUCUAGAGGUUUGGAAUAUGAAAAUGGUGGAUAUUGUAGCUCAGAAAAUGCCCUCAGAGAAUGACGUGCAUGUGGCAAGAAGCUUUCUUACGAAGAUUUUGCGAAGUUCAAUGAGAAAGAACUGCUUUAAUGGACGGAACGAACCCAUAAGCAGGCCUCACUCCUGGCAUUCCACCAAGUUCAACGAAAACCAAUCAGAGCCUGCCAAAACACAGUCUCCACCCAUGCCAGUCUGGCAGACCAGAUAUGAUCCAAGCUCAUCCUCAACUGAUCUAUCCACUAGCUGGGACCAGACAAACCUGCGAAGAGUCUCCGACCAGUUCAGCUCCCUGGGCAGCAUGGACAGCCUAGAACAUGUCUCGCACCCUUACCCCACUGGCCAGUUGUCACCCACUAAAUCCAACAACAGCAUGGAGCAUCUAGCGGGUGGGAAACGAGAUUCAGCCUACAGCUCCUUCUCCACCAGCUCUGGCACACCAGACUACACCCUCUCAAAGAGCAACGCUGCCUCCACGGAGAACGUGCUCUAUAAAGUCAGCCAGUGGGAUGCGGGAGGCAAGAACAGCAAUAGCAGGAACCCCAUGGAAGGAGUCAAACAGAAUGACAGGGGGACAUACUUUCAAACACCAGGAGCCAGCACAGGAAGGGAGGGUCCACAGACUGAGGAACCAGCUGUCUCCCGUCAUUCCAUUUCAAGCCGAACCAACUUUGGGCCUGUUUGGCAUGUCCCUGAUAAAAACAAAACUGCCUCCCCCUCUCCUCCCCCUCCUCCUCCACCCGCCCGUAGCGAUAGCUUUGCUGUGACUAAGGUACAUGAAAGGGGGCUGGCUGCUGCUCAUCCCGAAGGACCGGAUUCACACGUCCCCUACAGGGCUUCCACUGAAAAUCGCCGCAGCUACAACCUGCCUCCGAAAAACGAAAGCGACAGAUUUCACGCCUCAUCUGACAAAUCCAAAAACAACCAGUUCACCUCGAACAAGCAGUACUCCCUGUCAAACAGUGAUGCUCAUCAAGGCCAGCCCUGCCAUAAAAGACACCAUAGUGACAAAAGCACUUUUAUUCCACAUCCCUGGACCACAUCCGGAACACAGCCACAGAGUGUAGGUGGCUACUAUAGCAGCAUGCAGGAAUUGUCUACCAACGGCUAUGCACAACAGUCUGCCCAGAGCCAUAAAAGGAACUUAAGCACAUCUAUGUCUACUAUAGCCUCUGACCAGAUCGCUGAGAGCUCUGGAAACAACAGAUACUACUGUGUCAAAGCUAGCCAGCCCUCACAACCUAACCCACAACCAGAAGAGGAAGACAGGAAUAAUGUCACCGGUGUGGACCUGGCACAGACUGGAGGUGUGGGGAAGUCUGUUAGCCCACAGACAGUAACCAAAGUAACAUAUCAUCUGCCCCUGCAACACUCCUCACACUGUCAGGACAGCAAUGGAUAUAGCAAGCACCCAUUUACUAGUGUACUAGAAACCACUGUUCUUAAACCUAACGCUGAUGAUGGUGGAGGCCAGAGAGGACAGAACAACCACCAUGUAGAAGCUCAGUACUCCGGUUAUCCCCCCAGCAGACAGGCUGAUCAACGAAGGUCUCUGUCACUGCAGAAUAGAGAGUUACUGCCAGAUAUCAGACGGCAUAGCCAGGUGAGCAACAAGAUUAGCCCUCAGGCCACCCCCAUGCUUCACUCUUUGUCUGUGGACAUCGCAGGCCAAGGUGAAAAGGCAGCAUUUGUCGAGGAGUCCAUUGAAAGCAAGCAGUUAAAGCGCAGCGAUCGCUUUGCCACCACGUUGAGGAAUGAAAUUCAGAUGAGAAGAGCCAAUCUGCAGAAAAGUAAGAGCGCCGAGGGUGAAACGGAUGUCGUCACGACGUUCACCAACUCGUACAAGGACCAUGUGAAGGAAGCACAAGCAAGGGUACUAAAGGCCACCUCUUUCAGGAGGAAGGACCUGGAGCCUGUCCUACUGGAGAACCCUACCACCGAAUCCCAGCCCAGCUACCCAUCGUUAGCAGGGGCCCGUAAAGAUGUGCCCCAGUUACCAACCGUCACAGAGUCCGUUGGUAAAUCUGCUGGACCGGUGACUCGCAUUGGUGGCCGGAAGCGAUUUACUGCAGUGGAGAAAGUCAGGUCCUUCUCUGAACCAGACAAAAUUCAUGAAGUUGGGGUGAAAGAAGAACGUCCUCACAAGGUAAACCCUAAUUCCCUGCCAGACCGACAGAAAACAGAAAGUGAGAAUCCAAGAGUCCUCAGCCACAUUCAAAGCUGUACUGAGAUCCGAGCAGGAGACAUCACCAGUGCAACAACAGGCACACAGAAAGUAAUGGGAAGCAGAGAGGUCAGUGAGGGGGAACAGGGGGGUCCCUACCCAGCACGCCCAGACCAGCAGAGACUGGGCACCUUUGCUGAGUAUGAGGCCAAGUGGAACGUACAGAAGAAACCUCCAGAGACGAGAGGUUCGGGGCGCUACGGCUCAGCUGAUAAUAUCCUGGAUCCGCGAACAGAUGAGAGUAAAACUACCUGUUUUCACGCAAGAUCUAAGUCCUCUCCAUCAGCUGACAUGUACGGGCAGAAGAUCCCAAGAAAGUCUGAGACAGAACUUUCCCAGCCUGAGAGUAAACCUGCUGGAAACCUCCCCGCUGCCACAGGGUUCUCUGACAGAGGGCAGAGUGACUGUAAAGUGAGAGAAAAGCCUGUGGAGUCUGAGCAUUACUCAGUGCCACCCCCUCCGUCCAUGACAGGAGCCAACCCCAACUGCAGGCAAAGAUUUGUUUCUGCUGCUAUGAACAGACACUCAUCUGACCUCCAACAGCCUGAAGACCACAGCAACGCGGAGCCACCGUCUGGACUAAGGAGCCACCUCUGCGUCCUGGAGAAGUCACCCCCACACGAGAACCUCAGCAAUCCGCGGAGUGAAAUCAGCCAGUGCUCUCCCAACACUGACCCUAACUCCGCCUUUGUGCCCACCCACUCGGCAAAGGGAGAUUCUGAGCAGGGCAAAGGACUUGUGGACAAAGAACAAGGGGCCGUACAUCAUCUAUCAACACCCAAUCCUCAGCCUGACUCCUCUCCCCUGGCCUCCUCCUACGGACCUUCAGCGCUGGCCAGUAUGGAGGGGCAGCGUUCACCAUCGCCUCAGUUUUCUCCACAGAGACUGAGUGACAAGCCUCCAGUGUCUCUGCAGGAUGAAGACACAAACAGGACGGAGCAUGUGACAGAAAACACAAACGCUGCAGUGAAGAAAGUACCGAUCCGGAUUGUCCAUUUGGAGGGAAUCGCAGAGAAGGAGACUUGUCCGUUUUUGCAGCAGAACAACUUUGUUGGUUUUGAGGCUGAGGGUCCUGAUGUUAACCGGAUUGGUAGACUGGGAGCUACGGGGGAGAGCUCUGUGUUCUGUGCCUUCACACGGCAGAGGGAGCCCGGCAGUGCGACGGACCCCACCCCCCAGAGUGACACAUAUAUGACCACCGGCAGUGACCGUAUUAAUCCCAACAGCCAGCAGACGCCUCUGACCACAGGACUGAAUAACGAAGACCAGAAGAGAGAGGAGUUGGCCAGGGACAUCAUGGAGAAGGACAAGUCACUGGCUGAUAUUCUGGAUCAGAGCAAGGUCAAGACCACUAUGGACCUGAUGGAGGGGAUCUUCCCUCAGGAGGAGCAGCUGCUGGAAGGAGCUCACCAGCGCAGGAAGGUUCCCUCAAAGCAGGCGGUUUCCCGACCUGCCGAGGAAAGAGAAUCUGAGGACAAUAUGGCAGCUGCUGUCACCAUGGUGACCAGCUCUACAUAUUACAGCACAUCUGCUCCCAAAGCUGAGCUCCUAAAUAAGAUGAAGGAUAUGCAAGAAGAGGAGGAAGACUCUGAGGACGAGCUGGACAUUGAUCUGGCCAACAAAAAGCAAGAGCUGAUUGAUAGUCUGACCAAGAAGCUGCAAGUGUUGCGAGACGCCAGGGAGAGUCUCCAGGAGGACAUCCUGGACAACAACAGCUUGGGAGACGAGGUGGAGGCCAGAGUCCAGCAGGUGUGCAAACCCAACGAGCUGGACAAGUUCAAGAUGUUCGUGGGCGACCUUGACAAGGUGGUGAGCCUGCUUCUGUCCCUGUCGGGCCGUCUGGCCAGGGUGGAGAAUGCUCUGAACAGCCUGGAGGGAGACGCCACCCCCGAGGAGAGGCGUACGUUAAUUGAGAAAAGAAAGCUGCUGAUCCGACAGCAUGAAGACGCAAAGGAGCUGAAGGAGAACCUGGAUCGGAGGGAGCGUGUGGUUUAUGACAUACUGGCCAACUACCUGCAGGACGAGAGCCUUACAGACUACAAGCACUUUGUCAAGAUGAAGUCUGCACUCAUCAUCGAGCAGCGCAAGCUGGAGGACAAGAUCAAACUGGGCGAGGAGCAGCUCAAGUGUCUGAUGGACAGUCUGCCAAUAGAGCAGAGGCUGAUGUUUUGAAGAAGUGCACUGGGUCUGCUUAAAAUGGCUCGAACUGAUUCACCAAGACAAACGUUGCUCCGCGACACAGUUGAGGCCGGUGUCCAGUAGGGGGAGACAGAGACCAGACACUGCCGCAUGAAGCCGCUUGUGUGGAGUAUGUUUUAAAGACGUGUCAUCAUGAACGCGUCACACCUUCACGUCUCCUGACUGACCUGACCUGUGACUCAUGGUGAUGCUGCCUUUCAGCCAUCCACUGUACCUAAUGUUUUUCAUGCCAUUUUUGCUUUGUAAUCUGAUGAUGUUGUUUUUUAGUAAUUUAUUGUAGCCUUUUCAAUCUGCAAGAGGGGACAGUAUUUUAACUUCUGGUUUAAGCAGUGAUGCUACUUGUUGUAUGUUGCAUGCUGGAGUACUAGGAGUAUUUAUCGUAUGUUUUAUGUUUGAAUAAUUUCACAUUCUAAAACUCUUAGCACAUUUAAAAAUUGGCCCAUUAUUUCAGUAAACACACACCUUUGUUAACAUUUAUAUAUAAACUAGUGGCCUUUACUAAGAUUUUUGUACCGUUGCUCCCACUCAUUGAGGGAACAUUUUUUUUCUCUUACAAUAAAUCUUGUAAAGACAGGGCAACUUCAGUGAAGCAGCUCUCUGAUGUACUGGUCAUUUUAAAGAGCACUUCACAUGCAGACUUUUACUUUGAAGUGCCUGGAAGUGGAUCAUGUCACAGAAGAAGCCGUUCAGUGGUCUUCUGUUUUAUUCACAGUGAUGAUGACAUUACUAACACAUUUAAACUGACCAGGUUUCUGUAUUUAGUUUUAUUUUUCACUGUCUUGUUAUUCUCCAUAGACAAACUCCAUUCAUAGAACAUUUGUCAUUCCACUUAUGGUUAAAUUUAAAACAUCAUUCAGUUAUUUAUUCCGCAACCAAAAAUGGACCCAAAUCGCUCCACAGCAUUUUGACCAUCGUGACUGUUGGUCUUAAAUUAUAUGAAGCUCAGCUUCAGGAUGUUACUUUCGUGCUUUUAAGUCACAUCACACACGCUUCAUUGACUUAACACUUUAUCAGCUGUGCUCCUUUAUAAAAAAUAAAGAGAGCUGGAGUCACA